UGCUGGUGUUCUAAAACACGUGCAUCCCGUCUGCUUUUGUUGCCACCUGUUAUACAUCGAUGCAUUCGACAAUCAUUGGAUCAGCAGCUCUGUCUGUAUCCCAGCAAGGCCCCGGAAGUUGUUUGGGAUUCAGGUGGAAAAAAAAAAAGAAUUAAAAAAAAUAAAAAGAAUGAUCCCGGAGAUGCUGCCGUCGCCUGGGAAAACAAACUGUCAUCCAGACAAAUAAGACGGAAACAAAACAACACGAAGCGCGUCGCCAGUUGCUGAAUGCCAUUUGUCGUGUGGUCGGGUGCCAUAGCAACGGCUGGUGGGGGGAAACAUUGUGCGGUCCAGGCCAGUUUGACGCGCUCAGCGCUGGAUGACAGCUGCGUCCGUGCGGAUGAACUCCUGCAACAGACCGACGCCGCCGCCUGGACCCGAUCCGCGGACCGAAAUGAUCCUCUAAGUCGCCUCGAAUCGGAUGGUUGGACUAUAUUAUAAGGUGUCUGGUGAGAGAAUGAGUGCUGAUGACUGUAACGGACGCUCAUACGGACAAGGUAGUGGAGGAGAAUCAUCGGCAGAGCAGGACUUUUAUGGCAGGUUGCAGGGCCCUUCGGCAAGAACUCCCAAUAGUCAGCAGUCGUCACCGCACCGCUCCCUAAGUGCAAACUCCAUUAAGGUUGAGCUGUGCAGCGAUGACGAGUCGUCAGGCGCUCCACAGCAGGACAACAAGGAGGCCGAGAGAGGCGAGGGUUCCAAUGAUGACAGAGGGGACCCCAUGGAAGAAGGAGGCGCUGCACUUUCUGGCACCGCGAGAGACGGAGGGAGCAUUUACAACGAGCUCGCCGCUCCCAACUCUGCCUCGCCGGGCCCCAUCCGGCUGCCCAACGGGAAGCUUCAGUGCGAGGUGUGCGGCAUGGUUUGCAUCGGACCCAACGUGCUGAUGGUCCACAAGCGGAGCCACACAGGUGAGCGUCCUUUUCACUGUAACCAGUGCGGCGCCUCCUUCACCCAGAAGGGGAACCUGCUGCGCCACAUCAAGCUGCAUUCAGGAGAGAAGCCUUUUAAAUGUCCCAUUUGCAAUUAUGCGUGCCGCAGGAGAGACGCCCUCGCCGGCCAUCUACGCACACACGCAGUUUCUUCUCCGACGGUGGGAAAACCUUUCAAGUGCAGCUACUGUAACCGCAGCUACAAACAGAACAGCACACUGGAGGAGCAUCUGGAGCGCUGCCAUAGUUAUCUGAAGACUCUGGACCCCCAGGCUGCCAUCGACACACACACCGCGCAGGGUGAAGAGUCGGUCAAUAUGGAGACAGCUACUAAACCCGUACUGCAGACGUCCAAUGAGAAAAUCCAGUUUGUGGAUAGACUGCCUAUUAGUAUAACCAAACGCAAGAGGUCAACACCACAGAAGUUUUUGGGAGAAAAGCACAUGCACCUUGAUCCACCAGAAGCACCUUAUGAACUGUCCUCGGGUUCUGAAAAAGACGGCGACCUCCUGAGCUCCCACUCCGCUGGCGAGUCAGCCGGGCUGGUUGCAUCGCACCUCCACUACUCCAGGAGAAAAGCCGAGAACCACGAGUCGCUCGCGCUGUCCAGCUCCUUCGUGACGGAGCUCCGCACAGUCGUGGGCUCCAUCAGCAGCAACAUGACCCCUCAGGGCCCUCGGGCCCACGGCGGAGUCGGGCUGGCAGCGAUGUCCCUCUGCCUGCCCGGACGGGAGGCGGGCGAAGGCCGCGACGACCAGCGCUCGGCGCACAGCCACGCCACCUCGCCCAACGGCUGCCCCGACUCCACGGACACAGAGAGCACAGCAGAAGAGCAGAGCACAAGGGCUACAGCCCCCACAAGUACCUCCAACAACAACCACCACCUCCACUACCUGACCCCCGCACUGCCCCGCAGCCAUCCCACCUCCAGCCCCAGCCGAGCCAAAGACUUGGACGUAGACUGGGACCGAGGGGGUCCGGUACCCCCUGCUGUAGUAAAGAGGAGCUCGGGCUCGCCUCUUUCUACCAGGAACAGUUUUCAGGUGUUGGACAGGGCUGGCAGGCCCGCGCGCUCCUUCUACUGCCAGCACUGCUGCAUCCUCUUUCUGGACCACGUCAUGUUCACCAUCCACAUGGGCUGCCACGGCUUCCGCCAGCCGUUUGAGUGCAACAUCUGCGGCCACCCCAGCCAGGACCGCUACGAGUUCUCGUCCCACAUCAGCCGUGGAGAGCAUCAGGUGGGCUGAGGACGGGAGAGACCGCGGCUGCCCGAGGAGAGGCGACUGUUGCUCUCGAAACCUGUUGGCUCAUGUUCUGUUCUGCACCAGAUUAGCUGCUUUAAAUCCCUAAUAUAAAUAUUUAAAAAAAAGAAUUGUAAUUUUGCUGUGAAAACAUAAACUGAUGUGAGGAAUUUUGUUUUUUUAGGUGCAGCAGGUAAUGAUUCGUGGAGUCAAAUUAAAUUUUAUAACGAA